AAAUCGCCUUUCUUCCCGCCCGCUGGUUGCGCGGUUUCCUGCAACCUAUAAAUCCAGUCGGAGAACCUCACCUGUCCAUCCAUCUCAUCUCAUCCAACUCACACUACUACUGAUCUCAGCUAGCCUAGGAGUACUCGAGUUUACUACCAGUUCAAUUCCUUCGGUACGAGGCUCUCUCCGGCGAAGAUGUCUACGGUGACCCGCGCCUACCUCGACCAGAGGCUCGCCGCCGCCAAGCGCUGCUCCAGAGAGGCUGCCAUGGCGGGAGCAAAGGCCGCGGCCGUCGCCACCGUCGCUGCCGCAGUGCCCACACUGGCGAGCGUGAGGAUGCUGCCGUGGGCCAAGGCGCACCUGAACCCGACCGGGCAGGCGCUCAUCAUCUCCACCGUGGCCGGGAUGGCCUACUUCAUCGUCGCCGACAAGACCAUCCUGUCCAUGGCCAGAAAGCACUCCUUCGACGACGCGCCAGACCACCUCAAGAACACCUCCUUCCACUAAUUAGACACUUGAUUAGCCAUGGCCCAAUAAACUGUGUACGCAGGCCCGUGGCAACGUGUCGGCUGAAACAUAGUAGUAUAAUGUUCAGCGACAGGGCCAGCAGGCGAGGCGACGAUGGUUGCAGUGCUGAAAGGUGGUGUUCAGCCCUUCAAUUUGUGCGAGCAAGCACUUAUUAUCUGAUGAUGUAUGUAUGUAAUAAUGUGGCCAUGUUCUCCAUCUUAGUAUCUUCCCGGAGAUCUUGAAUUAAUAACAACUACUAGUUCUAAUAA